AUGAGUAGUAGUAGUAGUAGUAGUAGUAGUAGCAAGUCAUUGCCAUUAUCAGCCAGGGCCAAGACUACUGCAUUGAAACAGCCAAAGGAGCUAUUCACAUAUACUAGGGACAUCGAAGGGGUAUACAAGUAUAAUGCUAAUCAUUUACAUGAUGGAUUAUCGUACUAUUAUUUACCAGAUGCUCAAAUAGAUCAAAGGAUAGACUUACAGCUGGGGUUCAAAAAAUUCAGGCAAAUUCCAAUUAAAGAAAACAUGAGUGCCUUUAAGCCAUUUCUUGAGUCAAUUAUGAAAUACGAACAGGAGACUCUGAGUAAAGUUUCUGGUGACAUUAUAACUUUCCGAGGGAUAAUGACCAAAAUAUUGAGUCUACCUUAUGAUAACCAAGAUGCGUUUGAUCUAGUUAUUGUACCCUUUGACGAUCAGUUGUUUAUGAAUUUUGAUAACGAAAUUGAGUUGAAGAGGCGCAUUGAGCAAGAAGAUCGUACGCGCCAAACCAGCAGUGCAGAAAAGUAUGAAUAUUUGAAAAAAUGUGAGUAUUCAGGGUAUAAGUUUGAAACAGUGGUAACCAUACCUGAUACAUGGGGUAAUGUUUCACGCAAGACUAUUGAAUCGCGACUGAAAAAACAAGUCAACAAUUAUGAGCAAUUUUUGUCAGUAGCCAAAACCGGUAUUGGCAAUUGUAAACUCAUACUAGCAGGGGAAAUUGAUUGUUGUUGGGAUUACAUGCCAGACACAUCUCAGAACUUGCUACAUUAUGUUGAGUUGAAAACCUCUCAUGUAAUAGAAACCAACAACCAGGUAAACAACUUUGAAAAAAAACUAUUCAAAACAUGGUGUCAAUGUUUUUUGAUGGGAGUGACUAAGAUCAUUUAUGGAUUUCGUGAUGAUUCAUUUAUACUUCGUAAUGUUGAAAUAUACAACACUGAAGAGAUUCCAGUUCUUUUCAAAGAAAAUCCAUUAAAUCAAAACCAAUCGACGAGAAAUAGGAUAAAUUGUACUAAUGCUUUGAAAUGGUAUGGUGCUGUUGUUGAAUGGUUGAAUGACUCUAUUGACAGGAAGGAUGAACUGAAAAGCUGGUGCUUGAAAUAUAAUCCGAUUGAAAAGAGUUUUGUCUUGAGUCAAGCGUCACUGCUGAUGAACGAUUCUUUGAGGAAUGGGGGGAUUUUGUUAACCGAAGAGUUUAAACAAUGGAGGAGGGCGAAAGGAGCAAACUGA